AACCUUUAAGCCCUGCUAACGCGGCUAGCUUAGCUUUAGCUGCCUUCUGAUUGGCUGUCAGCCCUAAACACAGAAGUCACAUGACCUGCAGCCCAACAUCAAACAGGAAGCAGAGUCAGGCGUUUCAGGAUGGCUGCUGUCCUCUUCUCUCUCCUCCUGGCUGCGCCGGUUCUGCUGGUCUCCUCUGGCCCAGUCCGUGACUCCUCCAACGGAACGGUUCCUCUGGUUCUGUGGCACGGGAUGGGUGACAACUGCUGCAACCCGCUCAGCAUGGGCUCCAUCAAGAAGAUGGUGGAGCAGGAGGUGCCAGGAAUCUACGUGCUCUCUCUGAUGAUCGGGAAGAACGCGGUGCAGGACACGGAGAACGGCUUCUUCCUGGACGUGAACACGCAGGUGUCCCAGGUGUGCAGCCAGCUGGCCCAGGACCAGCAGCUGCAGGCGGGCUACAACGCCAUGGGCUUCUCUCAGGGCGCCCAGUUCCUGCGGGCUGUGGCCCAGCGCUGUCCCUCUCCACCAAUGAGAACGCUGAUCUCCGUCGGCGGGCAGCAUCAAGGUGUGUACGGGCUGCCCAGGUGUCCUGGUGAGAGCUCCCACAUCUGCGACAUGAUCCGUGAAGCUCUGAACCGAGGCGCCUACAGCGACCUGGUCCAGAAACACCUCGUUCAGGCCCAGUACUGGCACGACCCGCUCAACGACCACCUGUACAAGAAGCACAGCCUGUUCCUGGCCGACAUCAACCAGGAGCGGGCCGUCAACGAGACGUACCGCAAGAACCUGCAGCGGCUGGAGAAGUUCGUCAUGGUGAAGUUCCUGCAGGACACCGUGGUGGAUCCGGUUGACACCGAGUGGUUCGGGUUCCUGAAGACGGGCCAGGCCAAGGAGACCGAGACUCUGCAGGAGAGCGUUCUCUACAAAGAGGACCGUCUGGGUCUGGCUGCCAUGGAUAAAGCUCAGAAGCUGGUGUUCCUCUCCACGGAGGGGGACCACCUGCAGUUCACCAGAGAGUGGUUCACCGCCAACCUGCUGCCAUUCCUCAGGUAGACCUGCAGGCGGCGCUGCAGCACCAACUCCUUCCUUUGCACUGAGCUUCCUGCACGGCUCCCAGCCUGCUCUGCACAUUUAACUGCUUCUGUAAACUUUUAACCAAUAAAGACAAACUUCCUGGUGUUA